AUGAUCGGAGAGAAAAAAGUGAUAUUUUGCAGUGAUUCUGAGCGACCUCACUCGUUUUGCGUGCACAGUAGUGAUGAUCACAACACUGUUGUGAAUGUUCACUGCACUGUGGUGAAUGUUCACAUCACUGAAGUGAUCACUCACUCAAAUUCAAGUGAUGAAAUCACCAAAAAACAUCACUUUUUCUACCUGCUGGUCACCAUCCCUCACCAUUUCUGAGUGAUUGAAAAAUCAUCACUCUGGGAGCAUAGGGAUAGCGGCUUGAGAAUCGCAUUUUACUGGGCGCGUCGACUAAGUGGAAUCUUCUGCAGCGUACAAAAGAGGGAAAUAGGUGAUUUUGUCUUCAGGAAAGGUCUGUGUUCAGGAAGCGUCAGUGGGCGCGAAACGCAGCCUGAUGCGCGCCACUACUUCGCUCAUGGCGAUGCUAUCGGCAUGAGACAUGCAUGCAUGGGACGUAUGCACGGGUUGACGAUGAAUAGGUAGGAUACUGUACCCAGGGUACAAGAUGGUACAGGAUGGACAUGGAUACAUGCCGUUUCGAAAGCAAUGCAGGCCUGUUGCGUGGUGAAAGCCGCCAGCUGUUGAAGGUGGUGUGGAAACGAGCCAAUUGCUGCGCAAUGGCAGUGGCAAUACGUAGCUCAGGCACGUGCCUCAGGAGGCACAGUGCCCUUCUCUGGUCAGAUCUUGAGAUAUAGAGAGAGAGAGAGUACGGGCGCAUACGUAUCAUGGUAUGGUAAGGGAAUGAGAGGCGUUCGUUGAAGAGAUGGUGCGAGAUGCACGGUUCUGUAUCAAAAAAAAAAAAAAACAAGCAAGUGCAACUCAAUGACAGAAGAAAGUAGAGGAUGGGUGCCAAGUAUGUAACAUGUUAGGCUACGGCGCGUCGCUCUCUCCUGUCUCGGCCGCCGGCUUCAACAAGAGCAACAAGGUCAAAAAAAGGCAACAGGCACUGUCGUUGUUGAAUUAUGUACACGUCAGUAGUUUGUUUUUAUGUUCCCCCAACCGCGGGGGGAAGAGAUUCAGAACUGUUAGCGAAAAAACCUGACACUACUAUAUACGCACACGAGGUUGCGACAGAGAAAAAAUUAGACGAAA